GAAAUUAUUUUUGCAAAGUGAGAGCUGAGUUUCCGACAAAAUUCUUGGAUUGACGAACGUUGAAGAAGAAGAGAGAUGCCGAAGAGAACGACACAUACGUAUUCGAGCGAGGACGCGGCGCCGGACGGACCCGACUCUGAUCUCUUCGUUUAUUACUGCAAACACUGUGGUUCUCAUGUCCUCAUCACCGAUACCCAGUUGCAGAAGAUGCCAAAGAGGAAGACCGACAGAUCCAAUGUACUUGACAAGAAGAAGCACCUUGCUAGGUUAAAUGUCAGCGAGGGAGGAAAAGUUCUAUUGAAACGCGGUGAAGGGAAAAUGGAGAGACAGUUUAGAAUGAACUGUAUUGGUUGUGAGCUUUUUGUUUGCUAUCGUGCUGAAGAGAAUCUGGAGACAGCGUCUUUCAUUUACAUUGUUGAUGGAGCACUUAGUGCUGUUGCUGCAGAAACUAACCCACAGGAUGCACCUGUACCUCCCUGCAUUUCACAACUGGACGGUGGACUUGUUCAGGUUGCAAUAGAAGUGGAAGACCGUGCACAACGUUCAGCAAUCACAAGGGUAAAUGCUGAUGAUGUUCGUGUGACUGUUGCUGCACCAGCAGCUCGUGGGGAAGCUAACAACGAGCUCCUGGAAUUUAUGGGAAGGGUUCUUGGUUUACGGUUGAGCCAGAUGACUCUCCAAAGAGGUUGGAAUAGCAAAUCAAAACUCCUCGUGGUCGAGGAUUUAUCUGCUAGACAAGUGUAUGAGAAGCUUCUUGAAGCCGUUGUACCAUAAAAUCUGCGGUUUGUGGUCGGUGAAGCACAUUAACUGAAAGCUCUGCAGCUCUUUUGUUAACGCCUUUUAUUGGUUUGUUGCAAAAAAAAAAAGAAAAAAGAAGAAGUCGAGUUUUGUAUUUUUACUUGAGAAGCUAAGAGAAAUAUUGCUUUCUUCGUUGUUUUCAUGCUUAUGCGCGAUCACUACUGUUUCAGUCUUUCCCACACUAAUCCCUUAUUAUUUUAUAAAUCGUCUUUCGUUACC